CUUGUUUUAGAAGGUGGGCGGAAACGCGAAAGCUUAAUUCGAACGUCGAGUGCGAGGGAUUGCAAUCCUGAUUAUUUUAUUUACGAGGAAGGUGAGCGGCAGACCGAGUUAGUGGCGCUCGGACUCAUUGCGCUAGUCGAUAUUGCGGACUUCGCUGAGUGAAGGAGUCGAGCGGACGAGGCUCGGUGAAGCGAGGCUUUCAAAGCCAGGAGUGAACGUGAGGGCAUGCGAGAGGUACGGGGAUGUUGUGAGUGGGAGGGGCUUUAUGAUCAUCUUGAAGAGUGAACGAACCGGCUUAGCUCUAAGGGAAAUGGUGCAUAGACCAGAAAGCAUGCACCCGUCCACAGUCCUGCCUCGAGGUGCGACUUUUUGACCGAGCUGCGAAGCAUGCACAUGGAGGAGUCUCCUGCCUUGUGGAUCGUCUCUUCCUCAUAAAGCAACGCUAAAUUCGCUCAAUUCCUUCCUAUUCCGACUCGGAGCUAAGUAUAACCACGCUGCCCGCUGCAUCGUCCGCUCCGAUCAUGUCGAUUCUUCUUGCGCUCUCGUUCCUCGCUCUCUUCCAACUGCCGCAUCUCUCAUCAGCUGUUCCUGGUGGGUACUUCCGGUUCCAGAGGUUCUCGGCUGCGGAAUUGCGACAAAGCCUCGGUCUCGAAAGCCUCAAGCUCGACGAUCAGGAGUUUUCCAACGCUGCAGUGGCAGAGCUGGUCGUUCCAGCUGAUGAGUGCCGCAGCAAUCGCGAGCUGGCCCAGCUUUCUUCAAGACACCUACCUAGACGCAGCACGGCAGCAGAAGCAGAAGCUACGAUCAUGUCUUCUUUAAAAACGAAUCAUGGUCUCCUCACGCCACUCACGCACUUAAGUAAACAAUAGAGAAGGAGGCCCAUUCGGGUGUUACAUACAGACGACGGCCUUUUGCAGCGUGGUGGUGGUAGUGGUGUGCGAGAGUUGACACAGCCCACAGACUCACACCAAGAGCAGGGACGAGGAUAAGAUGAGUGAAAUGGAAUGGAAUGGACUGGCACACAUGAAGGCGAAGCUAUGUUUGGCAAUAUUUGCUCAUUUUAUUUAUCUCAUCUUCUGACCACAUGCUGGCUUGAACUCCUCCAUGCGAAAAACUGGAUUUCCAGUCGCUAGGUCCGCCGAAUUCUACCUUUAGAAAAUCACUCGAUACGCAUCUCUUGAGGAUGCUAGCUUUUGCGGUUGCUUACGUACUACCGUCAAAAUUUUGAUUAAAUUCACAUCCUGUAAGUUCUAUGGGACACUGUAAUUUCUAAUACCGUUACAAAAGUUGCAUAUCGCUUUCGGAUCAUCCGCCUCCAUCAUCAUCAUCCUUCCUCCCCUCCACUCGCAUUGCACGAAGAAUAUUGGAAUUUCGAAUCGAUUUCCUCGGCGACACGAUCCCACAUGAGACUCAAAAACAAAACCGUAGGAGUCUGUACAUCUUGGCCUAAAAUAUGCAUAGAGGUGACCUCAGCUGGCGGCAAGCACAGCGAGCCGUCUUCAUCGUGAGCAUUCGUUGGUGGCGGUGGCAAUGCUCGUGGGAUACAUGGCCUAAUUGGAGUACUGGAACGAUACGCUUCCCUGACUACUGAGCGGUUGGCCAUAGUUGACGAGGCAGUCGUUGUAGCGCAGGCGAGUAAAG